AUGCCUGGGAUAGAUCCGAACGUAGCCUGCCACAGGCUAAAUAUCGAUGAGAAGUUUCAUGCAGUUUAUCAGAAAAUUAGGAAUGUGGAACAAAGCAAAAAAGAUGAAGUUGCUUUAGAAGUCGAAAAGCUGUUGGAAGCAGGAUUUAUUCGUCCGGCACAGUAUCCUCGUGGCUGUCCAAUGUCAUUCUGGUUCCAAAGAAGAAUGAGAAUCCUGGAACGUGCUGAUGAUUCCAGCCGACUAGCCACAUGGUCUAAUUUUCUGGGAGCGUAUGAAAUCAAGUACGAAACCAUAACUAUAGAGAAGGGGCAUGCUCUGGCUGCACUGUUAGCAGAUUUUCUUGUGGACGACAUAGAAACGGUUACCGAAGAAGAAGAUGAGUUGUUGAACAAACCCAUAGAUCCAACCACUAAUCAUACUGGGGGAGAGUCUGCAAUGGAGUUUGAUACACCUGAGACACUAUGGACUGUGUUUUCUGAUGGGUCAUCAAAUGUUAGUGGAGCAGGAGUUGGAUGUGUCAUCCUUACUCCUGAAGGUUCAAGGAUCAAGAAAGCGACCAGAUUAGGCUUCCGAGCAUCAAACAAUGAAGCUGAAUAUGAAGCAUCAAUUAUCGAUUUAAUGCAUGCAGAUAUUCAAUUAUUGAGGGAUAGUUAUACCGCAAACCUUUAA